CCGCCCCCUCUUGUUGAAUUAUCUCGAAAAGGUACCAGGCAGAAGAAACCUUUAGUGCUCAACUCGACAUUUCCAUAAUUUUAUUAGUUUUCUACUACAGAAUGGCCUCAUACCUGAUCACUGGGUGCUCCCGUGGGCUUGGUCUCGCCCUCACUUCCCACCUCCUUUCAUUCCCACCCUCGGAAGUCAGAGUCAUCAUCGCAACAUCCCGCACGGAAUCAUCUCCCCUCAAAGAUCUGACGGAGAAAUCAGGAGGACGUGUGAAGUUUAUUCAACUCGAGACCACCAACGAGACCAGCAUCAAGAAUGCAGUAACCGAAUCGGAAAAGAUCCUAGGAGAAAAGGGACUAGAUGUUCUGAUCAACAAUGCUGGAAUACAGCGUUUUGCACCCGACGGAAUUGCUUCAAUGAACGACUUGGAAGAUCACUUCAACACAAACGUGCUCAGUGUUCACCACGUAACCCGAGCUUUCAUUCCUCUGCUCCAAAAAGGCAGCUUGAAGAAAAUCGUAAACGUUACAACAACUCUCGGAUCCAUCGCAAUGGCCAACAUCUUCGCACAAACUCCAUGUCCAGCUUACAAGAUCUCGAAAACGAUGCUGAAUAUGCUUACCGUGCAGUAUUCUCUUGAGUACGCAUCUCAAGGUUUCACGAUUUUUGCAAUAAGUCCUGGGUGGCUUCGAACUGAUUUGGGUGGUGAUGCUGCGGAUCUCUCUGUGGAGGAAGGCGCAAAGGCGACGACAGAGAAAAUCAUGAGUGUCGGCAAGGAGCAAAAUGGCGAGUUCUUGAAUAUCUAUGUGAAGGGGUUCGGUCAUUAUGAUGGAACCAAUCCCCCGUGGUAAUCAGUAUGCUAGUUGCUGCGUAGUCGUUCUGAGCUUUUGCAUCCGAGGAUGGGCGAUUCGAACUUGAUCCAAG